UGGUAGCCUCUCGCUAUAUCCCCUCUUCUCCUUUAGAGAGCUGCUGAAUGUGCAUGCCAUCUCUAUCCUCUCUCGUCUCUUCUGGCAGGAUGUUCAUGCAUUUGGAGUUCUUUUACUGUAUCUUAAUGUUGAUGUCUCACAUGACAACGUCUUGCUGCAGCUGGUCAGUGAAUAAUUUCCUUAUGACUGGACCUAAGGUGUACCUGAUUUACUCCAGCAGUGUAGCAGCCGGGGCUCAGAGCGGUAUCGAGGAGUGUAAGUAUCAGUUUGCCUGGGACCGAUGGAACUGCCCUGAAAGAGCCCUGCAGCUAUCCACACACAGAAGCCUCCGCAGCGCGAACAGGGAGACAGCGUUUGUCCAUGCCAUCAGUUCAGCAGGGGUCAUGUACACUCUGACGAGGAACUGCAGUCUGGGGGACUUUGACAACUGUGGCUGUGAUGACACCAGGAACGGACAGCGGGGGGGUACAGGCUGGCAGUGGGGCGGCUGCAGUGACAACGUGGGGUUCGGUGAGGCCAUCUCCAAGCAGUUUGUUGACACGCUGGAGACAGGCCAGGACGCACGGGCCGCCAUGAACCUCCACAACAACGAGGCUGGACGCAAGGCAGUGAAAGGGACUAUGCAGAAGACGUGUAAGUGCCAUGGCGUCUCUGGGUCCUGCACCACACAGACCUGCUGGUUACAGCUCCCAGAUUUCAGGGAGGUGGGAUACUAUCUGAAGGAGAAGUACCACCGAGCACUGAAGGUGGACCUGCUCCGGGGGGCCGGGAACAGUGCAGCCAGUCGAGGUGCCAUUUCCGAGACCUUCAGCUCCAUCUCUCGUAAAGAACUGGUCCACUUAGAGGACUCCCCAGACUACUGCCUGGAGAACCGUACCCUGGAACUGCCCGGCACAGAGGGCAGAGAGUGCCUGAAGAAGGGCAAGAGCCUAAAUAAGUGGGAGAAGCGUAGCUGCAAGAGGCUGUGCGGGGAGUGUGGUUUAGCCGUGGAGGAGAGGAAGGUGGAGUUGGUGUCGAGUUGCAAUUGCAAGUUCCACUGGUGCUGCGCGGUAAAGUGCGAGCAGUGCCGCAAGACAGUGACCAAGUACUUCUGCGUGAAGAAUGGAGGGCAGAGGGGGAAGAACAAGAGCGCCGGCAGCCGUAGGAAGAACCUGAGGCUGAGGAAGAAGCACUGAGCGGCACCCAUCUUCCUCACCAUCAUCAUCAUCAUCAUCAUCAUCAUCAUCAUCAUCAUCAUCAUCAUCAUCAUCAUCAUCAUCAUCACUGCCACACUCCAUGUCUUCUCACAAUCUGAUUUUCACAGACCUCUGUGCACCAAAGCUGUGCCCCUCUCAAACAUUUCUACAACACACUUUCUGCUUUUGUUCUAAAGACAUAAUUGAAAAUAUAUUUAUUGAAUAAGACUAGUAUUGUUAUUAUCCUAAUUAAACGUUUUAUGGUGGGGGAGAAAAUGUGUAAAAAAAACAUUUUGAUGAAACUACAUGAUAGAGAAAGGAGGGUAACUAUUACUUGUCUAGAACUGAUGGUAUACAUAUAUUUAACAGUAUAUAUUUUAAAAACUUUCCCCCCCAAUUAUAUAUAAGUCAUUGGGCAUUUAAAGUAUGUUACAAUACGGCCGCUCUGAAUAAUCUCCUUCAUAUUUGAUAGCUUGAACAACUCUUCCAAAAUGGUCGGUCCAUGGCAUACCUCAACAACAUCUUAUUUAUUGUCAUAUGUACCACCAAUGAGCUAUGCCAUUUCUGAUUGGUCAGUUUAUCAGACAUUCCUUCCUGUCAUGAUGACAACUCCAGCCCAAGCUCUCGCUACGCGUGGCAGUGCCCCCAGCCCUGACCAGCCCUGACCAGCCCUCUCCAACCCUGACCAGCCCUCCCCUCCCCAGCCCAGCACUCUCCUGCCCAAC